AUGGGUAUAAGUAUUGUUUAUGUCAUGGCUUUCGCCGUUCUGCUUUCCACUUCUGUAGCAUCGCUCGUGGAGAGCAAGUGGGAGGCUCAAGAACCUUUAUUGGCUUAUCUAAUCGACUCCGGGGAGAUAAAUCAGCAGAUGGCUGAAUUGAUGUGGAUAAAUUGUAGGCUUGAGUUGAUACAUGCCAAGGAAGCUUUAGAAAAUCUUGAAGUUCGUGCCUCCGAGGAGUUGUCAACUGACAAGGAACUCUUGUCAUCACCCAGAUCAGAUAUUAGUAAAACCUUCAAUGUCUUGCACCCACAGGUUAAGCAAAUUCUGGUAGACUGUUUACGGGAAAGAAAUUUCGUGUUUCCUAUAUCUGAAGAAGAAAAUGGUUUGAAAAAUUGGUACACCAAGUACAUGGGGUUUUUAUUUGCCAGGCCAAAUUCUUCUAGAAGGCGUGAAUUAAUUCAGAGACUUGGAGGAGCACCAGCACCAGCACCAGCACCAGCACUUUCGUCACCUAGUCCAGAGUUAAAUGAUUCGGGCUUGCAGCCUACAUCUGGUGAACAUUCCUCGAAUAGUCUAAAUUCUGCUUCAGAUAUACAGUCAAUCAAACAAAAGAAAACUGUUGUUGUUGCUGUUGUUGUAAGUGCUGCAGUGACAUUUGUUUUUUCCGCACUGCUCUUUUUCUGCUGUCGCUGGUUUUGUGGGACUGGCUCUGGACGGGGAAGAAAUGAUGAAAGCCCUCUUCUCAGCUUAAGCUUAGGUGACUAUUCCAUUGCCUCUUCACAGAAGUCAUUUGGUCUUCAAACUUCAGUGAAAGAAGAAAAGCUUGGUAAUCAAUCAUUUAAUAACAAAUUGAACCAAAACAAAGUUAGCAGCAAGUUCUAUAUGAAGUCUCAUUCUGUAAGUGAUACAAAAAUUGAGAUUCCAGUUGGAACCAUUGCUGCACCCACCAUAAGCUCAGCAGAUGAUUCUGUGCAGAUACCACCUGGAAUGUUGGGUACUUCUGAAUUGCCUAUACUGAAGCCACCUCCUGGAAGGGCGGAUCCUCCUAAACUAAAUCCAGGCAAGACAGCUCUUCCCCCGCCCCCACCUCCUGUACCUGUACCAGCAGCACCACCUAUAAAACUUUCGUCUGGUGGCCCUCGUCCUUUGCUGCCUGGGCCACCACCUCCACCUGCUAUACCUUCUGGCAUCAGGACUGGUCCUCGCCCACCACCAACUCCUCCACUUGCUAUACCUUCUAGCAUCAAGUCUGGUCCUCGCCUACCACCAACUCCUCCACCUCCUAUACCUUCUGGCUUCAAGAUUGGUCCUCACCCACCACCUCCACCUCCACCUCCACCUCCACCACCACCUCCACCUACUAUUCCUUCUGGCUUCAAGACUUGUCCUCGCCCACCACCACCUCCAGGCAGUGUCCCUCCACCAAGGAUGCUUCCGGUUGGAUUGAAACCACCUCCACCUCUUGGAUCUAUUUCAGGGGGAGAUGCAGGUGCUCCUAAAGCUAAGCUGAGGCCUUUCUUUUGGGACAAGGUUUUGGCAAACUCUGAUCCUGCAAUGGUUUGGCAUCAGAUUAAAUCUGGUUCAUUCCGUUUCAAUGAGGAGAUGAUAGAAACCCUAUUUGGCUACACCCCUGCUGAGAAACAAAAGAGUGAGGCCAAGAAAGACUUUUCAUCUCAAGAACCUUCAACCCAAUUUAUUCAAAUAAUUGAUUCAAAAAAGUCACAGAAUCUUUCGAUUCUUCUCAAAGCAUUAAAUGUGACUAUAGAAGAAAUCUGUGAUGCACUUCAAGAAGCCUAUGAAAACCCACUAAGCUUUUUAACUGAAUCAGGUAAUGAGCUUCCUUCAGAGUUUAUUCAAACUUUGAUAAAAAUGGCACCAACAGCUGAAGAAGAAUUGAAACUGAAAGUCUACAAUGGCAAGCUUUCUCAACUUGGUACAGCUGAUCGCUUCCUGAAAAUCUUGUUUGACAUUCCAUUUGCCUUUAAGAGGCUAGAAUCACUGCUUUUUAUGUGCACUCUUCAAGAGGAUAUAUCAAUGGUAAAAGAGUCUUUUACUGUUUUAGAGGCUGCUUGCACAGAACUUCGAAAAAGCAGGUUGUUUCUCAAACUCCUUGAGGCUGUUCUUAAAACUGGAAAUCGCAUGAAUGAUGGAACAUUUCGUGGCUGUGCACAAGCAUUCAAGCUUGGCACACUUCUGAAAUUGUCAGAUGUGAAAGGAACGGAUGGAAAAACAACACUCUUGCAUUUUGUUGUUCAGGAGAUAAUCCGUUCAGAAGGUGUACGAGCUUCCCAAGCAGCCAAAGAGAGCCAGAGCAUGUCCAGCAUCAAGUCUGAUGACAUACUCAAGGAUUCUUCCCAAGAUUCAGACGACCACUUGCGUAGUAUCGGCCUGCAGGUUGUCUCAUGUCUAGGUUGUGAGCUCGAGAAUGUGAAGAAAGCUGCAGAUUUAGAUGCUGAUGAUUUGACAGGAACAGUUGCCAAGCUUGGUGAAGCACUGAAAAACGUCCGGGAUUUCCUAAAUUCAGAAAUGAAGAAUGUUGCAGAAGACGGGUUUCAUCAGACAUUAAAGAGUUUUGUGCAAAAUGCAGAGGCUGAUGUUAUGCGGUUGCUUGAAGAAGAGAAGAGAAUAAUGGUUAUGGUAAAGAGCACGGCAGAUUACUUCCAUGGAAAAUCUGGGAAGGAUGAGGGUUUGCAAUUAUUUGUUAUUGUUCGGGAUUUCCUCAUAAUUUUAGAUAAAGUAUGUAAAGAAGUGAAAAUUGCCCAUAAAAAUCCAAGUAGGACACCAAGAAAAGAGGAUUUGGUAGUGACUCCGUCAAAUCUCCCCACGACUCCUCCUCCCGAUACUCGUCACCGAUUAUUUCCAGCCAUCAAAGAUAGGAGGAUGUAUAAUUCAAGUUCAAGUUCAGACGAAGACUCGUCGUAG